AUGCCAUCAACAUCACCCCUCCCCAUUGAUGCUUUUCCCACUUGGGCACGUUUCAAUGACGUGGAUUUCGUCAAUGUCAAUUUGCAAGAAACGGACGGAAAGGGAAUCGGUCUAGUAGCCGUGAAAAGCAUCGUGAACAGAAGCGUAGCAACAGAGGGUGAGGCUCAUGCGAAAGACUUACAACAUGGGAAAAGUGAAGUUAGCGAGAAGGAGACUGCUGGCAGAGUAGUUGGACUCGGCACUCAACGGCACGAUCAAGACUCUAACCCUCUCAUACGGAUUCCUUAUGAGCUGGUGCUCUCAGCUGCCGCAGUUGAGGAAUACACCAAGGUUGAUCAAAACUUCCGCCAACUCAUCGACUCUGCAGGACAUCAGUCGACCCGAGGCGAUAUCCUGAUAUAUCUCUUAGCGCACCUUGGUCUAUCCAAGCGAGAUGCAUCGAGUCCGAGAGGCCCUGCAUCAACACCAUGGACAGAGUAUCUGAAAUUCUUGCCUCGUGAUGUUCCUGUCCCAACAAUGUGGUCGGAAGUUGAGCGAGCUCUCCUCCAGGGCACUUCUUUAGAGGCUGCAUUGGAAGCCAAGCUCUCAUCUCUCAACAAGGAGUUUGACGAACUAAAAGAGAAAUCUUCAGAGUUGGCGUUCUGGAAUUCCAUGUUCUGGGAGAAGAACACAGUGACUAUUCAAGACUGGACCUUAGUUGAUGCAUGGUACCGAUCGCGCUGUCUAGAACUACCCCGAGCAGGACACGCCAUGGUCCCUGGACUUGACAUGGCCAACCACUCGCGCAAUCCCAUCGCGUACUACGACCAAGAUGAGAAGGAUGAUGUUGUGCUGUUAGUGCGACCCGGGAUGGAGGUGUCGGUGGGGGGAGAAGUGAAUAUCGCCUAUGGAGAAAAGCCCCCCGCAGAAAUGCUCUUCAGUUACGGGUUCAUUGACAACGAGUCCCCUGUUGAGGGACUAAAUCUGCCCGUGAGAGUACUGCCCGAUGACCCGUUGGGUAAAGCCAAACUUCACAUCUUUGGUGGGUCGCCAACACUCAACUUGUCUCGGUCAGAUGGGGAAAUAAGCUGGCAAUGCCCCUUUGCGUAUCUGAUGUGUCUGAAUGAGGAAGAUGGGCUGGAGUUCAAAGUCCUUCAAGGAGAGGACGGCGAGCGGGAGCUAAGACUUUUCUGGCAAGAAGAAGAUGUGACAGCACAGGCAGGUGGCUUUGAAGAUCUCAUCAAGAACCACCCCCUUUGUCAAAUCUUCAGGCUUCGGGUGGUUUCCAUCUUGCAUGAGGUUGUGUCUGAACAUCUCGAGGAGCUCUCCUCCGAGAUCUCCCAUGAUCAGCUUGAGCCAUUACGCCGUGCUGGACACGUCAAGGAUGGUAAUCUCCAAGCAGCAAUCAAACUCAGGGAGAUUGAAGCCUCUGUGUUGGAAAGUGCUGCUUCAACUUUGGAUGAACAGGUAUGUACCGCUCAAAGCUAUCGAUUCCAGUACCACAAGUCUGCGAGACGUGUUUCAAAAGAUGCCGACAAUCCAAGUGGUGUUGGCGACUAG